CUAUGGCUGCCCAGGCAGAGCUGGGUCGGCUGCUGGCAGACGUGGAGCUGAGCUGCUCCUGCUGCCUGCAGUACUUCACCGAACCCAUGCGGCUGGCGAGCUGCAGCCACAGCUUCUGCCGGCCCUGCAUCGACGCCUACUGCAGGGGGAGGCAGCGCGCCACCUGCCCGCUCUGCCGGGAGAGCUUCGAGCUGAAGGACCUGCGGCCCAACCGGGAGCUGGCCGCCCUGGUCAGCCUGGUGCUGAACGGGGGAAGGGGCGAGGGGCUGGGGACGUGGGACGAGCGCAGCCCCUCUGGAGAUGGUACCGGCGGUGGAUGGAGCUCUGCGGGGCGGCGACCCGGGAAGAAGGAGGAACAGAUACGUGACAUCUCCAAACAACUGGAAAUAACUGAAGAGACCAUCAACGUCUUGAGGAAGGAUCUCAGUAAAACAAAGGAAUAUACAUCUCAGAUCCAAAGCCAGAUUACUAAAGACUUCUGUUGCAUGAAGGAAUACAUUGAAAGACAGGAGGAAAACACACUGCUGUUCAUUGAACAGGAGCAAAAAGCAGCUCGACAGAAGAUUGAAGAGACUAUUCACCAGCUCUGUGUUGAAAAGAACAAACUCAUAGCCAUCAAAGCCCAGAUGGAGAAAGGAUUAGGAAGUGAUGAAAUGAGGUGGCAGAAUAGUAACUUGCUUGAGAGAGAGGGAGGCUCACCUUCAACAAUGCAUAAAUUUACAAUUGAUGAGAAGUUUAAUAUUGUCAGAAGUGCUGCAGGAAAUCUUAAGAGAAAGUUGGAAAUUUUACUUUUGGAGGAAUACCCUCAGCAGUUCCCACCAGUACAAUCUCCAGCCUUAUAUCAAGAGACGCGUGUCUGCUCAUUAUCUUCAGAGUCUGCAGCUAAAAGUCCAGAACCAAGCAUUUCAAGCCAGUUUUCUCGGUGGGCAGAUAUUGUGACUUUUGAUCUCACCACAGCAUACGACCGCUUAGCAAUCACAGCUCAGAACAGGAAAGUAAUGGUUUCCAGCAACCCAACUUAUUAUGAACCAUCACUCAAGAGAUUCUGCAUCAGCCAAGUGUUGUGUUCCCAGGGCUUCUCUACUGGGUGCCACUACUGGGAAGUAAUUACCAAGGACAGUGAUGGAUGGGCUGUUGGAGUUGCUCGUGAAACAAUUGGUAGAAGGGACAGAUUAGGAAGAACAGAUCAUUCCUGGUGUGUAGAAUGGGUAGGUCCCCAAAAGCAGUUGUCAGCAUGGCACAAGAAUCAAGAAACACUAUUAUGCAGUGAUAAACCAUUGAAGGUUGGAGUUUUCCUGGAGCUACAGAAGACUGUGUCAUUUUAUGCCAUCACUGACAAAGAAGUGCUUUUGCAUACAUUUGAAAUCAAUACCUCAAAUCCUCUUUAUCCUGCUUUCUGGCUAUACAGUCUAGAUAAAAAUGGAUCUUUAACUUUAAAUCACAUAAACAGGAAGUAAAAUCAUAAAGAAUGCAGAGCUUCUAUGCCAGCUUCGGUGUUUAGCAGAGGAAUUUGCCAAACCACACAUAAGUACUCAGACUUUCCUGGAAUUUAGCAACUGAUACUUUCUCUGCAUGCUUUCCUUCAUGCUCUGCUCUGCUCUAGUCAUACUUCAUUAAAGCAAUUCCAACAUAUGCUAAAGGCAGUAACCAUUCCUGAGGGAGUGAGAUGGAUUUCUGAAGCAGCUUCAAGCAGUCCCAAGAUGCACCUAGGAAGAAAUGGACCAAGGAAAAUCUGAAGCUGGUGAUAAUCCCAUGGUGAUAAGGCCAUGGUCUUCAUCUUCCUACACUGAUCCAAAAAUUAUAGAAGAGAUGAAGCCGU